AUGCCUUCUGCUGCUCGAGUUCUUGCUUCCGCCCUCGCUGGCGCUGUCGCCGUCUCUGCCCACGGCUAUGCCAAGGGUCUCACCGUCAACGGUGUCUACUAUGCCGGUUACGAUGUGACCUCCGCUCCUUACCAGGCCAACCCUCCUACUGUUAUUGGCUGGGGCACCUCCGCAACGGAUCUGGGAUUCGUUGCUCCUGAUGCUUUCAGCAGCGGCGAUAUUGUUUGCCACAGGGAUGGCACCAAUGCCAAGGGCCACGCCACCGUUGCUGCCGGUGAUAAAUUGUACAUUUCUUGGAACACAUGGCCCGAUAGCCACAAGGGCCCUGUUAUUGAUUAUCUCGCGAACUGUGGUGAUGCUGGUUGUGAGACUGUUGAAAAGACCAGCUUGAAGUUCUUCAAGAUCGCCGAGGCGGGUCUCAUUGAUGGGUCAAGCACUCCCGGAGUCUACGCUGCGGAUGAGCUUAUCGAUAACAACCUCGGAUGGAUGGUCGAGAUUCCUUCGGAUAUUGCCCCAGGAAACUACGUCCUCCGCCAUGAGAUCAUUGCUCUUCACUCCGGUGGCAACGCGAAUGGUGCCCAGAACUAUCCCCAGUGCUUCAACCUGAAGAUCACUGGUUCAGGUACCUCCAACCCUGAGGGUGUUCCUGCCACAGAGCUGUACACUGCCAACGACGCUGGUAUUCUGUUUAGCAUCUACGGCUCUGUGAGCAGCUACCCUAUCCCUGGCCCUGCUCUGAUUGCUGGUGCUUCUGCUAUUCAGCAGGCGUCCUCCGCUGCCACCGCAACCGGAACUGCCACACCUGCUGGCGGCGACAGCUCUAGCCCGACCUCCGCCGCUGGAUCUUCUUCCGCUGCUGCUCCUACCUCUGUCGCUGCUUCUACCUCUGCCGCUGCCGCUCCCACCUCUGCUGCCGCUACGUCUGCUGCUCCUACCUCUGCCGCCCAGACCACCGCACCAGCUUCCUCCUCUGCUGCCCAGGCCAGUGCUUCCUCAGGUGACUUCCUCACUCUCUCAACUGGUAGCGCCCCUGUUGCUAGCUCCACUGCUACCAGCACCGCUUCUCAGCCCGCCCAGACCACUAAGGCCCCUGUCUGCAAGAGCAAGCGCUCCAAGAAGCUCCGUCGCCACGUUCACUAA